AUGGCUCAUUCGCCGAAAAUCGCUUGUCUAUUGGCCGUUUUUGUCAUCGUAGCAAUGCACGAACGUGCAGAGAGCGCCACCGUUCCUUGCCUGAGAACCAAUCCCGACAAGGAGGCACUCAAGUUGGCUUCGUGUGCGGUUGCAGCCCAAAACAAGGGAGCUAAACCGAGCACACAAUGCUGCAGCAAAAUCAAGUCCUUUGCUAAUCACCCGAGUUGCCUUUGUGCCGUCCUGCUUUCAAAUACAGCUAAAAGUGCCCGAAUAAAUCCCGGAAUUGCCAUCUCCAUUCCCAAACGCUGCAGUUUGAAUCGUCCUGUGGGAAAGAAGUGCGGAC